GUGAUCAUGCUCUUAGUUGCACUACUGCGAGCACGCCGCGAGUGUUUUUCGCAUUUCAUUAGCUUUUGUAUGUACUAGAAUUGAAUGUUAUUAUUUAUAUGCAUUAACGUCGACGAUGUCUAUUUUUAAUACGCGACAAUUUUUGGGAACAUUAUACUCACGUUACGUAACUUUCUUUCCGGCAUUUAAUUUAUCUAGAACGCAAAAGAUUUUUAUCAUUUGUCUGACUGGAGGUUCACUGUUGCUCGGUGGUUUGGCACAGUUUUUAAAAAGAAGGCGAAGACUUCCAUUGCCUCCUUCUAAAAAAUCCAUAAGGGAUUUAAAACAAAGAUUUGCCAAUGCUAAAUCUAAUUUUGAUGCGUUAUCUCAAGUAUCAUGGGCCAGAAGAAGUGAAGCAAGUAGUAGAAGUCAUAUUAGCGAGCGUGCGUCGUUAAUUUCACCUUUACCAGAAGGUACUGAAGGUGAUGUUAGAUUAACUCCGCAGCAAUAUGGUGUCCUAGGUUUGGAGGCAUUAGAGAAGGCACUCUAUUGUUGGGAGGACGCACUCACAGCGUUUAGUUCUACUCUAAGUAACGAUGCCCUUGCUCUGCCAUCAAACGCGGAUGCUGCAUUUACGCAGGACGUUCAAGAUCUGCUUGACAUGGGUUAUCAAAUCCAGAAUCACGCGGAGCUUCUAUUCAUCGAUCAGCACUCGGUGCUGUUUCGUGAUGAUAGCCAGGAAAGCUUAGAGAGUCGCCAUCAAUCCAACAUGGGAAUGCGAAUAUCCGGAAAGGAAAAAGCUGAUGCCGCCUCUUCGCCAGAAUCGUUUGAAUCAGCACGAGACGGGGUAGCUGAUUUACGUGAAUUCGAAGAAUUUUCCGAACUUUUUCCACAUUUCGAGAGGCAAAAAUUAUAUCAUGCAGCGUUAAAACAACACGAGGAUAAAGGCAUUCCCUGCAGGCGAUUACAUACGGAAUUGGUAAAAUGUGGCUCCGAUGUUGAAUACUUGGCUAAAGUAUACUGUCUUCGUCAAGCUUACACGAAACUGUUCGACACACAAUCGACCACCAUUUGGAUAGCUGAUAUUGGCCGUCAAAUUAUCAGCGAUUUAAUUAUUUAUGCCGAUAGAGAUCCUAAGGAUUAUCUGACGCAUUACGAACGGAUGUUGGAAUUCUUACACAAUCCAAGUAACAGUAAUAUGAUCGAGGAAGAGUUAUUUAACCGUGGUGUCAAAUGUAUUAAUUUUUAUGACGUAUUAAUUGACUUUAUACUAUUAGAUGCCUUCGAGGAAGUCGAGAAACCACCAUCGUCCAUCAAGGCAAUAUUACAAAAUAGAUGGAUAUCCGCGAGUUUUAGAGAAACGGCCGUAGGAACUGCUGUAUGGUCUAUGCUGAUGGGCAAAAGACAAAUGUUAAAAUAUGAUAAAGGUUUCUUAGCUCAUUUCUAUUUCAUUUCUGAACAAAUAACACCGGUACUUGUUUGGGGAUUCCUAGGUCCCGAGGGAAGCCUAAAAUCUACCUGCCAAUUUUUUAGAGAUCAGAUAAUAGAAUUUCUCAUAGAUAUAUUUAAUUUCUUCAAAGUUAGAUAUACAACUGUCGAUAAUCUAGCUGAGGAUAUACUCAGGGAAAUGAAAGUAAGAGUAGAGAAUAUUAAUCAAAGACUUUCGUUGGAAGGUGCCAGUUAAAUUUAAAGAUAAAUAAAUUAUAAUAAUUUAUAUAUAUAUAUAUAUAUAUAUAUAUAUAUAUAUAUAUAUAUAUAUAUAUAUAUGUACACAC